AUGCUCACGGUGCGUCAAAUUGUCCAACACCCGAGUGUUGUCAGCACCAUGCAAGCCAUAAACAUCGAGUUCCCCACGCUGUUCCGGCAAGAGCACCACAACCUCAUUUGGGACAUAAAAGGGCCCUUACAAGCGAGCAACUCUAACUAUCACCACAUCGACCACUACCGACCAUCACCACAUGCACACCCCGUCACCACGUCCACGCCAACCAUCCUAGUGGUGGGGUCUGUCGUCAUCGAACCACCUGUGGUGGUCGAUGAGUAG